GAUCAUCAUCAUCCUUCAGGAAAAUCCCUAAAUCACAAAAAAAAACCCUUCUUUCAUCUAUCGUCAUGUUUAUUGCAGUCGCGAAAAUCCUAAGGCUUAGAGAUUCAUCAACAAUCGCCCAUUCCUUUGUGUAGCACUGUGAGUAAUUUGACUUUAUCCUUUAGGAAAACCCCUAAAUCGCAAAAACCCCUUCAUCUAUCGUCAUGUUUAUUACGGUCGCAACAAUCUUGAGGUUUAGCGAUUCAUCAACAAUCGUCCCUUCCCUUGUAUGCUUAAAAGAAGCUGCGAGAAAGGAUAUGGGUUCUACAUUUUUUGAUGCAAACUUGUAUCCACAAGGUUCUACGGGUGGUGUUCCAGAGCCCCUUCACCCUAAACCUGGUAUGUUAAAGUAUUUGAUAAGAUAUAGAUGCUUGAACCACUCAGUUUAACUGCUUUUCAUUUGUAUUAGGACUUUGUUCGGCUUCCUUGGAAAAACCAGUCUAGCCAGAACAUUCAAUGCCUGCUAGUGUUUCUAUUCAAUCUGCUAACAGUGGCUUAACUUAUCCGGUGGGAAAGAAAUUGAGAAAGGUAGAAGGUUUGUACUUCGUGCCCCAGUAUAAGACGGAGAGUGAGAAUGAUGAUGAGGAUGACAAAGCGUUGGUGGUAUCCAGCACUGGAAAACACUUCACUUGUGAUGACCUUUAUCUAAGUGACAGUGAUGAUUCCUAUGUUGACCUUGAUUUUGAAGUGCAACCUUAUCUGAUGAAUAAAGUUGGGGAGGUAGAAGGUGCCUUGAUUGAGUUGGCACACGAACAUCAUUUAAGGGUUACCGAUGAAGUCAGGAAUAAGAUAUCAGCUUUGAAGACAGCUCUACUGAAUGAAAGUCAGAACUCUCUUUCUUCCCUUCUUCGAGUUGAGAAAUACAAAGAAACCAGGCAGGAGUUGGAUAAAAAGUUUGACACUCAAUAUCAACGCCAAAUGUAAGACUGCAUUCUUUCGUCAUGUCCCCUUUAUCUUUUCUUUUCAAGGCAACAUGAUUCCUUCAUUCUACAAUAUAUUUAUUGUCAGAUUUAAGAAGUAAGCAUUGACUAUGAAUUGUAGGCUCCUCUAGAAUUGUCUACAUUCUUAAUAUGCUUUAUAAGAGGUCAAAUAAUGGGUUAUUUAGUAUGACGGUGCUUUAGCAGCAGCACAUAUUUAAGAUAGAGAUUAGUUAUUCAUUAUUUAUUGAUAAUCUAGAAUGUGUAUCAUCUAGAAACACAUAUGAGACACGAGACAGCAAGCAUAAGAAUCAUUCAUCCAAUGCCUCAUGUGACAUGCAGUCAUGCAUAUAGGUUAAAAAGGAAAAGAAAAUUAAAAAAGUUAUUGAAUUAUUUUAGUAUUUUAAAUGUAAGACUCUUUUUAAGGUCGUCAUAUUUUAUUUUCACUUUAUCGUUUACUUAAACUAGAAGUUAAAACUGUUCUUAAGAAAACAUAUACGUAUACUAUUGCUUAUUCUAGUGUAAAUUAUAUAACCUUGUUUUUAUUAGUACUCUUUAAAAAUAGAUAAUUGUUUUUGCAACUUUAUUGUUUAUUUAAAGUAUUCAUUGGUUAGAAAAAAGAAAAGGAGAAAAGGAGACA